AUACUCAAUCAAUCCUGACUUUAUCAAGCGUGCUAUUGUGUGCUGAAGCUACGUGAAUGAACACUUCUGAUCUUGUACAUACCACGAGACACGCUCGACAGCCUCUGUCUGCAAUUGCAUGAAGCGAGCGAAUCCUUGCCACAGCCGCAUCUUACAUUGCAGUAGCGUCAAGCCUCUUCUGCCAGUGCUCAUGCGAUGUCGUCUGUUAUACCUCAAAUGCGUCAGAUCCAGUCUCUAUCCUGUCGCGGGAGCAUUAGAAGGAGAGUCUACCUGCAAUUUGUUGAGCCUGGUGCGAUCACACUACACUGAGAGCUAACAUGAUAGCGCUGGAAAGAGAGGAUGGCACUACGGAGUGGGUUGAACUCAAACCUCAAGGAGCAGUUUUAGAUGGUCCCGUAGAGUCACGAAGGUUUUGGAAGGCGGUCAUCCACCGUCUCGAUGAUUGCUCAGCAUAAACUCUGUGCCGAUGUCAAGGAGACAGGUGGAGACCUGCGUUUCGUGUGCACAAUGGCACGGUGUAGGGAUUCAUUCAACACAUCAUCAGACCAUUACGCCAGGGCUUGAAGGAACCUCAGACUAGCAGUGCAGUGUAAGCAAUACUUGACUUCAGGCAGCAGCGGCUAUUCUGCAGAUGACGAUGCGUAUCGUCUGGACAAAGCGCGGCAGUACUCUACCGGUGUACACAGUACAGCGUCCACCG